AUGAAGGUAUUUGAUUGUGAUUGUCAUUUUUCUUCUUAUUUAUAUACUUUUGAACAUAGCAUAGGUGUUCUGCUGUCGUUUCUAGAUGCUUUGUUAAAUACAUAGAAAAAUAAAAAUAAAAAAUAAAAUAAAUACAAAAUAUGAAAAUAACUAUUCAAUUUGGUGGAGGUGUUCAUCUCCUCUUUGGCAAUAUAAAGUUACAUGAAAUAGACCUCCCAGAUAGGGAGAAACAUUGGACCAUUGGAGACUUGUUAUUAUGGAUGACAGAUAAUUUGCUACAAGAAAGACCUGAGCUUUUUCUUCAAGAUAAAUCUGUGCGCCCAGGAAUUUUAGUUAUAGUCAAUGAUACUGAUUGGGAACUACUGGGAUGUGCUGAUUAUGUCAUUCAACCCAAAGAUACAAUAGGUUUCAUAUCAACUUUGCAUGGAGGAUAA